AUGGCCGGCGCACGUCUUUCUCUCACCGGAACAAAUCUAAGCCGUCCAUUUACCUCGCCUACACCGUCGGCUUACCUUAGACCUACGAUAAUCUCCGGUGUUGCCCAAAACCUAUCGUACUGGGAUUCCAUACAUUCCGAUAUCGACUCCCACCUGAAAAAAGCCAUCCCCAUCCGUGAGCCCAUUUCCGUUUUCGAGCCGAUGCACCACUUGACAUUUGCGGCACCCAAAACCACCGCAUCUGCGUUGUGCGUCGCCGCGUGUGAGCUUGUCGGUGGCAACCAUGAAGAUGCAAUUGUAGCAGCGUCGGCAAUUCACCUCAUGCAUGCUGCUAUAUACACCCAUGAUCAUCUCAUGUUAACAAACAGUCUCCAGUCCGAUUCAGAGACAGAACCCAAAAUUUCGCACAAAUUUGGCCCCAAUGUCGAGCUUCUCACCGGAGAUGGGAUUCUGCCGUUUGGGUUCGAGUUACUUGCAGGGUCCAUGGAUCCGGCCGGUGAUAACUCCGACGAUAUUCUGAAAGUGAUCAUAGAGAUUACACGAGCCGUCGGUUCACAAGGGAUGGUCACCGGUCAAGAUUCCGACGGUGAAUUUGACCAAUUGAUUGGUCAAACACGACGCUGUCUCCAUGGAUGUGGGGCCGCCUGCGGAGCCAUAUUAGGUGGUGGGAGCCACGAUGAGAUUGAAAAGUUGAGAAGAUACGGAUCCAUUGCAGGUAAUGGAGUUAAAGACGAAUCUUUGGAAUGA